AUGCCCCUGAAGACCAGAGCCGGCAGCUUCCUUUGUUCGCUGCCGAAGGCGCUCUCUGGGAACCGCCUGCCCGCCGCCGAGGGCUCCAGCCGCCCCUCUGCUCUCCCCGCGAAGCGCCCCGGGCUCACGCCGCCGCGGGCGGUUCUCUCUCUCCCCCUCUGUCGCAGCGCCCUCGACCUGGUCCCGUUCGGGAUCAAACCCCUCCUCAGGCGGGCCGCAGCCUACGAGGCCCUGGAGCGGUACCCGCUGGCCUACGUGGACUACAAGACCGCGCUGCAGGUGGACUGCUCCGUGCAGGCAGCACACGACGGCGUCAACAGGAUGACUAAAGCUCUGCUGGAGAAGGAUGGUGUGAACUGGCGCCAGAAGCUCCCACCUAUCCCCACAGUCCCCAUCUCUGCUCAGACAAGAUGGAGCAUUCCUUCUGCCGCAGUCCCUGGAGCAAACACUCCUCCUGCAACUGCACUGCAGGGACAAUCAGACCAGACUACUGCUGGCAUGGAGAGAGCUCGAACUCUGAAGGAAGAAGGAAAUGAACUUGUAAAGAAAGGAAACCAUAAAAAAGCAGUUGAGAAAUACAGUGAGAGUUUAAAGCUUAACCAGGAAUGUGCGACUUACACCAACAGAGCUCUCUGUUACCUGGCUCUGAAGCAAUACAAGGAAGCAGUACAGGACUGCUCGGAAGCUCUGAGGUUAGAUCCUAAAAAUGUUAAGGCACUCUACAGACGUGCUCAAGCACUUAAAGAACUGAAGGAUUACAAAUCAAGUAUCGCCGAUAUCAAGAGCUUGUUGAAAGCUGAACCAAAGAACACCGCUGCACUGAGAUUACUGCAAGAACUGAACAGAACCUAGAGUAACCAAGCAACAAGGAAAGCUUUGUUUUCCACUGCAGAAGAAAGCUUUUUCCCUUCUGAUAUUGUUACAGGGACCAAUCUUAAUGCAGGAUCGGUAUUGAAAUCUAUCUUCUGCUGCUGAGAUAUAACAGGUUCUGUGCUAGCACAAUGAAUGUUAAGACACACAAUCUGUAUCAAACUCUUAUUAUCUGGCUCUAAGAUCAUUCAGAGUUUUAAUACCCCUCCCCAAGAGGCAUAUAGGUUAACUUCCCUGGUUGAAGUCAACUUGCCUAUAACUACUGGCCUCAGGGAUGCUUUCCAUGUUGGCUAAGAUGCAUGUGAAGUGGCUAUUCUCUUUCUGAAGAGCUACAGAGGUUUUUUUGUCCUUAUUCAGGUGACAGUUUUGCUGCGUUUGUGCUGCUAUUACUUAAAUAAGGUUGCUGCAGGAACUGCUGCAGUUGCCCUAGCACCACAUACCAUUCUUAGAACAGUUACUUGCACAGGGCCAAGCUUCUUCCCUCUCCCACUUGAUGCCAGCUGGCCCUCAGCUGAGUUUCUGCUGCUUAGUGUGGCUGGGCAGAUGUUUACAGUAGCAGCUUUAUUUUUAAUUAUUCUGCACCUUUAAGAAAACAGCAGCAAAUUAAGCCAGCCUUGUUACACUGUGCACUACUUCUUUCAGAUUCUGGGUGCUUGGGAAUUUUACAGUUGUGUUGGGUUUUUUGUUUGUUUUUUAAAAACCACUUUAGCUCUUCUGUGCCUUUUGGAGCAGUUGCUACAGGGUGUUACAGGGAGGACGACAGGCUAGUAACACCCCAGCUGAAGUCUGGCUUACUUCAAUGCAUGUUUAUACUUUGUGAUCUUCUUAUCUGGUAUUGAUGGCACUGACUUAAAAUGGAGUUGUUCUAUGAACUGUUAAAACCAGUUCUCAUUAAAGCCAUGUUUAUUUUCACUUUA